AUGGGAGUGUUUUCCAAUAAAAUUGACAGAGAACACUUGAAACCCGGCGAUCACAUUUACUCUUGGAGGCAGGCAUACAUCAUUGCCCAUCACGGAAUAUAUGUUGGUAUGGGAAUGGUGAUCCACUUCACUAGAGGAGCAGCACGAGAAACUGGAACAGGAUUUCAUCGUGGUACUCGUGAGACAGCAUGCCCUAGAUGUGGUUACAAAAUAAAGACUGAGGGGGUCACCAGAACCUGCUUGGAGUGUUUUCUUCGUGGUGGAUAUCUAUACUUGUUUGAGUAUGGUGUCUCGUCUGCAUUUUUUCUAGCCAAAGCUAGAGGGGGAACUUGCAGCACUGCAUCUUCUGAUCCAACUGAGGCUGUUCUUCGCCGUGCUUGGUUUCUUCUCAAGGCUGGUUUUGGUGGCUACCAUUUGUUCAAGAAUAACUGUGAAGACUUUGCAAUGUACUGCAAAACAGGGUUGCUUGUAGUCACAAACAUCAGCGUAGGGCAAAGUGGACAAGCAACAUCUCUAUUAGCUGCUGCUGGUGCCUUAGUUUCUUCAUCACUUGUGUUUAUGACCACUAGCUUGUGUGGUCUUGCUUUGGUUGGAUGUGGCAUGUAUUGUGUUAGUAGAUAUGUUUCUGAUAUUGGAGUACGCUGUGAUGUAUCAAAAGUUUCGGUAGAGAGGAUUCAUGAGGUGGCCAAAGAAGAUUGGAUGCAAGAAUUUGUUGCAAGGGUUGGAGAAGUUAUUACAUGGUCUAGAUUAUGUGGUAUAAAUGAAUACUUACAAAAUAUGUAA